AUGUGUUGCCAGUUCCAAUAUAUUUCCAGCAAGCCCAAGAUUACCACCACCGCAGGCGAGGUAGAAAAGGAUAUGCCUAGCGAUUUUGCGCUUCUUAAAAUGAAUGAGAAAGUCCAUAUUGCUGAACUCAGCGUGAUCAAAGGCCAUUAUAGCAGGCGUCUGAUUGAUGCGGCUGCUAAACUCGACAUCGCUAGCCGAAGUGGCGUGAUGCCCUCUUGGCCGAUCUGGUUUGGGUCGACCAAGGGCAGCAGCACCUCGGCAAGGUUCGAGCUUGUCUCGGGCAACCGCAGUCAAGAGCACCGGCUCCUGAUGCCGACACCAGUAAUCCAGGUCAAUCCCCAGCUGGGAGAAGAGAAGAUGCACGGUUUUAAUGUUGUUGGCCUCCAUAGCGUAGCCGAGCACGGAAGUGCCCAUCCAGCAGGUCGAGUUGACUUUGGCGCCAGCCUCCAGCAGUAUUCGGACGAGCGCAGCAUUGCCUGUUUCAGCCGCCCUGGAGAUGGCUGUGAUGAAGUUGUUCUUUUUUAUCAUUUAUUCGUCCUUGAACUUGAGUAUAUAGAGGGAACCAUUGACAUCAGCGCCGGCCGCGAGAGACUUUGGUAUGAUGCUGUUGGCAUCGCGUCUAGAGCGCGAAAAAUAAGACGUUUUGCGCACCGCUUUUAG